AUUCAAUGCACACUCAGUGCACACAUUGUCAACAAAACUGAGUGUUUGUGUGUAUUUUUGUAGCGAAAAUCCAAACCUAAAAGUCGCGGCUUUUAUGCCAUAAAGUGAUGACUAAAUCGGCGUUCAAUUGACGUAUCGCUCAAUCCGUGCACCUCUUCCUCGCCAUCAACUGAUCCCCAAAUGAUGUCGCACUCACACGAAGACAACAUCAAUGCCCUGCCCUUUAAGUUGAGGUUCACAUCGACGCAGAAGUUAUGCAAAGAGGUCCAGAAGAUGAUCGCCGAGAGGUAUGAAAUGUUGGACAAACUGACCCUCGAGUACGACACCAUCGGUCAACACAAACACAUCCUCGGUAGCAUUAAGUCAUCUCUGGAGGUGUGCAACCAGUCGCUGAAGGAGUUGCGGUCUUUAUGUCAGUGCCAGUCGGACGACGACAAGAGUGCGGCCACCAAACAGUUGUCCGCUUCGGAGGAAGUGUUGACCAAAUUGGCCACAAAAUGCGAUUGCAUUCAAACGGUCAAAAUGGUGGACAUUGGCGUCAAGCGAUUGCCGUCCAAUUGGAGGGCAGCUAUGCUUAAGAUCGCCAGAGAUAAGGCUAAGAAGUCAUCCGCUGUCGAGACCAUUGACAUUGACGUCGAUGACGACCGCAAAGACACGGAAAACAAUGACAAUAACGGCGACAAUAAGCAGACCAAUAAUGAGGACAUGAAUGAGAAUAUGAUUAGCACUGAAGCCGAGGAGAUGAGCCAUCAGUUUGAGAUGGAUUUGGAGCGCAAGAUAUACGAGACACAGAUGGAGGAGUUGAUGCAAUUGGUGCAGACGCUGGUCAUGAGGAUCAAGACGGCGAGGGCCAGGAUUGACAUCUCGAAGCAGUUGAUUAAAGUGGUGCUGAAGAUGAAGCGCGAGUACGAGUCGGCCAACUCUAAGCUGAAGGAAGGUCUGUCGACCUGUCACUGCGCUGAGGCCGGCGCUGACGACGACCCGGAGUUCGUGAAGCGGAUGCACCAGAAGAAGGAGUUGGAGGAAACGGUCGACAGGGUGUCCAACGACUUGAAGUACUGGGAGGAACAGUACGCUCUCCUCAAGGAGCAGAAGAUUAAGGCCGACGCCGCGGCCCUAGAGGUGAAGGAGGAGUUCAGUGCUGUACCCGCCACCGCCACCACCACCAUAGAGGUGGCCACCGAGGAGGAGGUGCCGCACCAGUACGCCACCAUCGCGUCCACGUCUGGGCAGCAGUCGUGUAUGUAUGCAACUGCCGGACAGCAACAACCGGGUCAUCCCUUAUCGCAAGGUCUGCACAAACGUAUGUUUGAGUCGAUGCUUGUUAUGAAUCGGCUAAAGAAAGUGCUGUUAUUUUAUAACGAAUGUUGUCUGCACUGUAUUAUAGGCACUGCGAACCCAGCCGUCAUAUACUUGGAGGGACUGGUGGCUCAUCAGCAGCCGACGUACAUUCCGGCCUCUAAUAUACACCAACCCAUUGGUGUCUAUCCGCACACGUACUCAAUCAACCCGCACCACCCUUAUGCACAUCAGGCGCCCGACGGCUCUAUACAAGUGUACAGCACCGACAUCUCAUCGCAUCCCGGAUACAUCGCGUACCAGUAGUCGACUACAAGUUUUUAUUUGAAUUGUAUAUUUCAAUUAAUAGUUUAAUUUGAUGUUUGUUUUUGUAAAACAACGGUAAAAAUGACUAAAAAGUUCAUACAAUAUAUUUUUGCCCAUUUUGGAGACAAUUAUUCAUUUAUUC